AUGUGGAAGCAUGGCUCUGACAUUUUGGACCCCAUUGCAGGCUCCAUGGCUUCUGUCCUGGGCAUUUUCAUCUGCCUGCUCAUGUGGAGCUUCGGGUUGAUAUGGCUUGCUUUUGCCCUAGCAACGGUGCUGUACAGCUCUCCCUCUCAUUUUAGCAAUGAGUGGUGUGGAUUCACUUUCCCACUGAGGGGUAUACGCGGCCAGCACGAUGGAGCUGGGGGUGGAACUGGACCUUACAUUUUUCAAGGUCUUUGGCACGUGGCAUCUUGCACAGCAGUGGGUGUCUGGCGCGGCAAUCUCUCCUCCGCCCCAUGUCUUCGAAUUUUGGCAUUAAAAGAAGAACUUAGCGGUGUGACGGCGCUCAUCAUCGGGCGUAAGAACAAUUCACUCCCAGCUCGAACCCCGUCUCAUAACUCAGCCUUUAAUUUGCUAUUGACCACCAAUCCUGUAAACGGUAUGCACGAUCCCCGGUGCCCCCAGGGAUCACCAAUCAGUCCGGGUGAUCGCAAACGCCUCAGCCGUAGUAUCAUGGCAAUUCCUACCGAUCCGCACAACUUCCGGUCAUUGGCUACAGCCCAGGUAAACCUCACCCGUCGGAAUGCCAAGCCCCCGUCAGACGGUUGGUCACAUGUAGUGUCAUCGUCGUAUCUGGUGACUGCAAGCGAGACUCGGGUCUUGGUCUCGCCCGGGUCGAAAAAUGGCAACUUCUCCUUUCCAUCAAUCUCGAUAGAAUAUUUUGCUCUGCUAGAUCUGCCGGUUGAGCAUGAUAUUUCAACUAUUAAUUCGGGCCCUGUUAGCUUUAUCUUCGUUCACGGCCUUAAUCCUCGAGGUCGAAAUGACCACCCAUUCGAGACCUGGACACAUGCAAAUGGGAAGUUCUGGCCAACAGACUUCCUAGCGGAGGAUAUUCCCUAUGCGCGCGUAUUUGUUUAUGGGUAUAAUACCAACAUCACCAACCCGCAAACCAUGUCAACUGCAAGCAUCAAGGACCAUGCGAACACAUUAUUAAACUUGUUAGACCUGGAGCGCGGUCCACAAUUUCACUCGUUGCCGCCCCGAAUCAUCUUCAUUGGACAUAGCUUAGGAGGACUGGUUAUCAAACAGGCUCUCCUCAAUGCAAAGGAAGACCCCAAAUACAAAUCUAUUGCCAACGCCACCUUCGGUCUUGUAUUCUUUGGAACUCCUCACCGAGGGGCAAAAGCUGUCGAACUGGGUAAGAUUGCUGCCCGUAUCGCCCGGUUUGUUUCCAAGGGUAAUGCCAGCAAUGACCUACUCGAUUGUCUGGAGCAUAACUCGCUUUUCACCCGACAGAUGACAGAUCGCUUUCGCCAUCAGCUAGAGGACUAUCGCGUUGUCAGUUUUAUCGAAGGGAAGGAGGUGCUAUUGGGAGGUGCUGGUCCAGCCUCAAUUAGCCAUCUGGUGGUUGAUGAAGAAUCGGCCGUCCUCGGUUUGUCUGGUCUCCGCGAGACCCAGUUAAAGCUCGAUGCAGAUCACUCACAAAUGUGCAAAGUGGGCACUCGAGGUCCGAUGUAUCGGCUCAUCAAAGGCAAUAUCAAACAACUGGUCGACCAGGCCCUCCUGUCCGAACAGGGCUUCCUUCCACAGCCCUCGCCCCAUCCCAUAAUGGGACGGACAGCGCCUCCGCUUCCUCCGCGUAUGCACUCGAACAGUAGCACACCCUAUCCGCCUCCAGGACAACCUCCUCCAACUACUCCGAGGGUGAUCGGGGCUCUCUAUACCGCGCUGAAUGACGAUCCGCGAUCCAUUCACGCCGCAGAGCUCAAAAAUCGAGGGAAGUGGGAUGACGCCCGAAUUGCCGAAUAUGAGAUUUUCCAGGAUCAUCUGCGGUCGCCUGGUCCCGACCAUGUUAGCACCCUUUCUAUGGGAUAUAAUUUGGCCGAAAUCGAGCUUGAGUCGAGUUAUCUCCAGAAGGCGGGUGAGUGGUGCCAGUGGGUUAUGGACAACUCCCGCCGUGUCUUUGGAAAUAGCCAUGCGCUUCCCUUGAGGUCGGAAAGCCUCAUGGCGGAGAUUCUGUACCGGAAAGGCAAAUAUCAUGAGUCCGAAUCUAUCUGCGCCAACGUCCUGGCUCGCCAACAGAUGAGUGUUGGUGAAGAUCAUUUGGACACGUUGGAUACUCGACGCCGGUUGGGCCUCGCGUAUAACGCACUCAACCGCCGGGAGAGUGCCAUCAUGACCGCAGAGAAGCUCACGGAGACCCUAAAUCGCCUUGUGGGAGACAACCAUAUCCGUUUCUACUGGGCUCUUCUCGACGCGCUCGAAUUUGUGAUUUAUAACCACGGAGAGGAAACUGCUGCUCUCGUGAGGGUGUUUGAACCCGACGUGCAACAGGCGUUUGAACUGCUGCCACAGGUAUACGAGGAUCUCCGGGUUGGUCUCGGUGAUACUCAUCCCGUCACUAUUCGAGCUCUUUCAUUGCACGGUCGAGGACUGACCCGUGCGCAUCAAAUCAUGGAGGCCUCUGAGACUCUGCGCCGGGCUCUUGCAAUCUCAGAGGAUGCUCUUGGGCCGGACCAUCCCUUGACCAUUGACAUUGUGGGAAGCAUCGGCGUGAUGUAUACUCUACAAGGAGCUCUUGACUUCACCGGCACGAACCCACCGUCUGAAGCAAUUCCAUGGCUAGUUCGAUAUUUGAACUGGGUCGAGCGGCGAAAGGGUCUCGAUAACCCGGAAACACAGACCACCCUGGUGAUGCUCGGGAAUCUACAUUUUGCUGCCCAGGAAUAUGAACCUGCCCAGAAAUAUUUUGAACGCGCUCUGGCUGCAAGCCGCGGCCCGCAAGGAACAGCCAUGCAACAACGCGUCAGCAAUCAGCUUCAGCUCUGCCAGGCCAAUAACAUGUUCACCACCCGCCGCGGCAUGGGAUCGGGUCUAGGAGGGUUCCUAUCGUCUUUACAACGAUUUUAG